ACACUUUUCUUGUCCAAAAGUGUACCACUCAACUCUGAGCCACUGCUUGUGGAGCACACGUUGAACCUAUACUGCUUCUACUUCAGCUCUGGUUUGAAUUCAGCUAACCGAGGACACUGACGGUCGAGGCUUUUGUAGGCACAAAUUACAAACGCCAGCCGAGAUAGAUUGUUGUGUUUGACCACAGAAAGAAUUGUUUGGCAUUUAGACUGCGAUCCAGGUUACAAUGGUCGGAAUGUGGCACUGCUCACGAGGAAACGGGAAACCACCGUGACGUUAAUCCUCAUCCGAUGUGUGCUUUUGUGCAAUAUCUGUCUUUGCAGAAUGUCAGCACGUGCCGACGGUCGAAGCAGACACACAGCAAGGUUAUAAAGAGUCUCUCACUGGGGACAGUCAUCUCAUCACACUAUCGGCAGCCGUCAGUGACGUGAAAACAUUCACCUAGUGUAGAAUUCUUGGUUUGUCUGUUCAUUAUCAGUAACCAAAGUCCACACAUUUUGAAUUGGUCACCCGGAGGACUCGCCUUGGCUUUUAUCACAUUUCUAUAGAUAAAGUUUCAUAUCGUUUGUGAAAAUACUAGCCAGCAAUAUUAGUCUUCAAACUUAUCAGCAUCCUGGUUGGCCUGAUUGUUGUCCACACCUUAGUUUACACAUCACCGCACCCAGAAUCAUCAAGGUUAGAAACAGCCUUGAGCAGUUUUAUCAGGUUCGCUGUGAGCUUACAAACAGUAAGUACAUAGCAAUUGUCUGGGUGAGGGAGGUUAACAUGCACAGUUAAAUCACUACAACCAUAGGCCUCUUUUCCAAAUGAGGAUUAAAUGCUAUUUAGCAAACUUCAAGAUAGUAGUCAAAGUUUUUUUCAUCUCCACUCCUCAGGUUUUCUCAUCUGUUUAUACAGACAACAGUACAAAGUGCAAUCCAACAUUGUGCCACAGCACAAGGUAUAUCAAUUAUGGCUCUAACUUAUAACAAUUUUAGUAAAUGCUUAAUCUUAUUGUUUUCUUGACUAACUAAUCAAUCGCAUGGUCCCUAACACAUUAGAAGACAUUGCGAAAAGCCCAUCACAAUAUCCUAGAGUCCAGCGUGACUCGAUUAUUUCUCUUGUUUUGUCCAACCAACUGAUUUUUGGGGGAUAAUUGAAAUACAAGAGGAAGAAAAUCAACAAAUUUUCGCCUUCGAUAAUCUGGAACUAAGACAUUUUUGUUUGAAAAAUGACUCAUACAAUUGAGGUGCUAAUUAAUUUUCUAUCACUUAUAUAAAUGAUAACCAACAAUCAGUGAUCUGAGGCCUGUAGUACGAAGCAGGAUUUGCGGUUAUCAAGUAAACUUCAGGUUCAUCUCUAGGUUUUCCAUCCUACUUAGCUGGUUCUCUUCUAACCAUAAAUCACCAUGGCAACUUAUGCUAAACUGCUCCAGAUCAGGUGAAGUUCAAGAUAAGAGAUCAAAGCCAGUCACCAGUCCAUUUACUGACCAAUGAGAUCACUGGAAAACCAGAGUAAUUAUUCUACAGCAUCCCGAGUUUAGAGUAAAGCGCAGCAGCUAUCGAGCUCAACAGUGACUGCACACUUUUAGAACGGCUCCAGUGCUGGAAGUGAAUUUCAGAUUCACUCACUUCAAUGAUGUUUCAUAAAAUCCGUAUACAAAGUCUUUUUAACCUGCACAUAGUAUUGUUUCACAACCUCAUAGCUGGAAAGUCUACCUUGGGUGGUUACGACAUUAUGGCUAAUAAUCAAAAUGUUUCUUCAGAUUAUGAAUUGGAUUUUCACUUCCGUGGGCUGUUGAGCUCUUGUUGUCCACUCUGGAUUUAAACAGUUUCUAAAAAAGAACAGAGGGAGAGUUUAUCACACUAAAUAAACACAAAGACUCAUUAAUAUUAGAGCUUAAAUUUAUUUCAAUAAAGAUUAUUGAUUCCUGACAGAAUCUCAGACAGUGUUUUACUUUCUCAUUCUAUCACUGCAGCUCAGAACAACACAAGGAGACAACAACGAUAAAUAGGAAUACUGUCAGCAACCUAAUAAUGAUCCUUCCUCCCAUUUGGGGGGCCAUCCAGACGUUUCGUGAAGGCCUCGAGUUUCGUUACAUCUGCUCUUUCCUUGGACUUGCAGCUGUUGGUGUUGGUUCCUGGUGCUUCCACAUGACGCUGCUGUAUGAGAUGCAGCUCCUGGACGAGUUGCCAAUGAUUUACAGCACGUGUGUCUUUGUCUACUGUCUAUAUGAGUGUUUCAAAGAAGAGAACAGCAUUAGUUUAUUUCCUAUCGCUUUAUUAUUAAUCUUCAGUGUCUCAGUCACUGUGGUAUAUUUACAGUGGAAGGAGCCGGUGUUUCACCAGGUCAUGUAUGGUGCUCUGGUAGCCUGCCUAGUGAUGCGGUCCAUCUUCAUUGUUACGUGGGUGUACCCCAGGUUCAGACCGUUGUGUUACACCUCCUUAGGUAUCUUUCUGUUGGGAUUCCUUCUGUGGAACAUUGACAAUAUCUUCUGUGACUCAUUAAGAGCCAGUAGACAAACGCUGCCUCCUGGUGUAGGAGUAGUAACACAAUUCCAUGCCUGGUGGCACAUCUUCACAGGCCUGGGAUCCUACCUGCACAUACUUCUCAGCCUGCAGUUCAGGUCAACCUACCUCAAGUACAGACCAAAAAUAACGUUUGUGUGCGGAGUGUGGCCCACGUUGCACGUUGAACCACAAAAGAUGAGCUGAAGUUAAGUGACGGGCAGCAGAUUGAGGAUGGUGACUGCCAUAACCCACACACCACAGGGAGCUGCCAGUGUCCACUGCUGGGAGCUCAGCCAACAUGCAGGGGGCAGGUGGACCCUGAGACACCACCCCAGAGCGCCUUUGGCUCUGCACUGUGGGGAUUUUACUAAAUACAGUAUAGAACUGAUUCCACUGUUGAGAAAUGGAAGUUUUUUCAUCAAUCAUAACUUAUUAGACUAGCCUUUCUGUAACUUUAUUGUUAUUUGAUUUGAUUUGUUGUCAAUGCAGACAGGAUGUGUAGUGCACUGCAGUGGUAACUGUUGAAGGGGUAGCUCGAUUUGGGAAGGGGCAAAUAAUUGAUAUUAGCUUAUUUAUUGUUGUCCAAUCUGUGAAUGUUUAAAUCCUAAGUCUUAAGAAAUUCAAAACUAAAAUAUAACUAAGACUAUUGCAUAUGUGUAGUUGCGUAAGAAGUUGAGGGAGCUGAGUAUCAUUUUGUUUUUGGAUGUGCUCACUACAUAUGGGACACACUAACUACCAGCUAGAAUGUGAAAGUGGUGCUGUGUUAUUGUAGCUCAGCUGACUUGAAUGGAAGACCCGUAUUCAUUUGUUUGGCCUCAGGCCUCAUCUUUUACUUGACAUUGUCCAAUCCAAACAUGCAAGCCUGGAAUUCUUAGUUUCUUUUUUUGUUGUUGCCAAAGUUGCUCUGGGAUUCAUGUCAAGUAAUGUGUGAGUCAAUAUCUUACCUCAUCAUAAAGAAACAAACACAUAUUUAGAAAUGCAGUGUUAACAUGUAGUUUUUUUUUACAAAACAUCAUUGCACUCACUGUUCCUCUUGUUCAGGACCGGGUUUAAUGCAAGCCGGUCCACCUUUUACAUCUGUAUACUUUUACAAGGCUCCACAGUCGUUAAAGUGACACAAGUUUAUGGUCAAUGAAGGACCGAGACCUUAGAGCCUCUUUUCAAACCAACUCAUAUUUUGUGUUGGGCUUGUGUCAGAAUCACAGUGAGCCUCCAUUGUGGAUGUGUUAGAUGCAGAGGACCAGCAUCUAUUGGAUUUGAUCAGGUAUAAAUAAUGCAAACAUGUAGAAUUAUCACGGGAAAUGCAUCGGGUCAGUGUGUCCAUAGUCUGUUGCCAAGCCAUUACCACUGGCCAGAUUAUUGCAGAUUAUGUGUUCAGCUAGCAUCGAAGGCAUUAUGAGUGCACAUGUUAAUAUCUGAAACCCACCUUAUCAAAACCGGCUAACAAAUAUGAACUGUUUUAGAAAGAAAAAAAAUCGAAUCAAAUUGUGGAUAUUAAAGGGACCAAAUGCAUGUGAAUGAUUGCAUCUUGGAAUGGGAUACUAGACUGCCAGUUCCAGGAAGCUUUUUAUCCCCUUCUUCCUCAAUAGUGUCCCUAUCUUAUGGUUUCUUGAUUUCAGUUAAUAGUUUUGAAAUACUUUUAUCUACAAUGGUAAGAUAGGUCACCAUCUCCCCAAAAUACUACUCAGUUUUAUUUAUAAUUUAUUUUUGUUGUUUAUUUAUCUACACUGCGGCAUCAAGAUGAAGAGUCUAAUGACACAUACAUACCUUGCAGAGGUGUGAAACAGUCUCUGACAGAGCCACUAGGUGGCAGUAAUAUCCAUCUUAUUUCAGACAUUGCCAAGCAGGCCAUAGUGCAUUGACAUACAACCUAGCUACUGAAAAAAACCUAUCUUACCAUUGCCUCAGUUUUCGUGUGCUGGAUGUGUGGCAUUAAAUGAAGGGCUUUUUGUUUACAAUAUUUGUUUUGCUACUGUGAAAUUAUGGACAUGUAGUGGUUAAACUGGAAGAUGCACAAACUUAUUGCUAUAUGGAAACCUUUGCAUACUCGUGGCUUGCCAAUCUGCUGUGUGCUGGUUUAUCCUCUGAGACAACACAGUCGUUUGUCAUUAUGCAUACAAGCCGUAUCACUAACUCUGAUAUGUUUCAGUGUGUCAACUGCUUCGACCCAGUGUUACAAACAUUCAAAAGCACAGAAGUACAACGUAUGAAAGAGAAGUAUUAACGUUGCUCAAAUGUCAGUGUGGAAAACCUUCAGUGUAUCUUAUCACUGCUUAUCAGCUCUCAUAGAGGGUGCCUUAUUGCUAUCCCUGCAGUGUAAUCCAAGAUGCCUUGAUGUUUGCCAUAAACCAUUCAAGUUGUCCCUUGUGUUUUGCCCUGUGCCCUCCCCCCGGGUAUCAGCAGUGAAAGCAUCAGGACGACGAGCAACGGCGUCUAAAGCAAAGUGUGUGCCUGAGUCUUUGGCCUUCCAUUCAUUUCACGUGUCCAGCAGCUUCGAUACAGGCCGUUCUACUGAUGUUAACUGUAGCUGAAAGCGAUAAUACUUGUGUUGAUGCCAGAAGAGCAUUUCCUUUUUUGUUGAACUUUAGUCAUGUGCCAGUCUUUGAUGAUGCCCCAUAUUGUCGAAUAAAAGAAAACGUUUCGGACAA